CUUCCUGCUGCUCAGGCUCCCCUCGGAACAGGCAGGAUUGAGUCAGAUCUCAUAGAAUUAAAAUAUUGGACGACCCCUGCCUAACUGGAGCAGCCUUGAGUCUUGUCUUCCUCCACGCCAGAUCAUAAUAUGGCAGCCUGAGGAUAGCCCAGCUGGACAUGGUGUCUGCAGGCCCUACUGAGGGGGACAGGUGACGCUGCAGGGUUGGCUCUGAACCAAAGACCUCCCCAUCCAACCCCCGCCCCCCGCUCCAUCCCUGGCCCUUGGAUCCCAUCUUAGUGGUCAGCUUCCACCAUGACCCUUGACCUCCUGGAACCUGCACGUCCCAGGCUGGCUUGGCCACAAGCAGACAACGGAACAGGCAGGAGCCCACUGGGGGUCCUCGGCACCCCGGAGACACUUCUUCGGCUGCAGAGGACGCAAAGGGUGUGGCAGGUCCCAGAGCUUGAUGCUCAGCAUGCCAAGGCCUUUCUGGAACUGUGGCCACUGGGGAGCUUCCUGGUCAUAGGACAAGAUCCUAGGCAGGUCCUGAUGCUGAAGACAGGCCCUUCGCCGGAAGACAUCAACACCUAUCGAGUUCAGAAGGCUGCUGGAGGUAUAGCCCUAGAGUCCUCCAAACUUUUCAUGCCAGACUUUCCCCAUCUCCUGGCCUUUCUGUCAGCCAGCAGGGAUGUUUUGCCAAGGACGCUGCUCUUGCCCACUCCAACGGGAGACAAGCACACGGGUCCUCUGCGACUUGGCUGCCUUCAAGCCGACCCUUCGGGGACAGGGCCGGUGCUGUCUGUAGUGAACCGGCUCUACCUGGAGACGCAUGGAGGCUGGAGGACAGAGGAGCCUGACCCUGACCCUGACCAGGAGAACAACCCAGCCCUCAGGAAGCCCACCCCACACCGGGUCUCCUGGGUGGAAGAGCCACCGAAGCCGGAAGUUCACCAAACUGGACCGGAAGAGCAGCGUCCCGGACAACAGGAGCAUCAUCCUGGAGGCGGAGGAGUGCACCUCCCUAGGCCUGCUCUAGCUAACGUGGCGGAGGAGAAGGCCGAAAUCAGCAAUGGCGGCGACUACAAAGAGGAAGAGGAGGGCCCUGAGGAGGAGGAGGAGGAGGAGGAUGUGCUCACUGCCCACAUCCGGGCCCUGGCCAGGGUCCGGAGUAGCUAUGUAGCCAGGCAGUACCGAAGCCUUCAGGCACGCCUCAUUUUAAAUUCUGCAAAUCCCGACAGGCCCGGGGACCCCGCCACGGAGCUGCUUCAGGAGGUGCGCCAGCUGCUCACUGACCUCCGCACCUACCUGGCAAAAGACCCCGACGUCAGAGCUGUCUUUGGGAACAGGGGACCUAGAGCUCCCCAGGACCAGGAUCUUGGCCCCGCUGUGGAGGUGGCCCUGUGUCGGGCGGUUCUGGAACCCCUGAAGCCAGCCCUGUGGACCAAACUCCGAACUCUCCGAGCCCAGGAACUGCGGCGACUGCGCCGGCGCCAAAUAGCCUUGCGGGCCGGGGCGGGGCCCGAGGGACAGAGCCCUGCAGCGGCCUUGCGGAGCCGCAUCCACGCGCGCCUCGAGCACCUGCACGCCGCGUGCGCCCCACGCCGCAAGGUGGCGCUGCUGCUGGAGGUGUGCAGCGACGUCUACGCGGGCCUGGCUGGGGGCGAGAAAGAAGAGCCCCUGGGGGCAGACGCGUUUUUGCCGGCCCUGACGGAGGAGCUGAUCUGGAGUCCACACAUUGGGGAGACGCAGUUGGAUGUGGAGUUUCUUAUGGAGCUCUUAGAUCCGGAGGAGCUGCGAGGAGAAGCUGGGUAUUACCUCACCACGUGGUUUGGGGCUCUGUACCACAUCGCUCACUACCAGCCAGACGCUGGCCGCGCGCCCCGGAGGCUCAGCUCCGAGGCCCGGGACUCCCUGCGCCAGUGGCACCGAAGGCGGACACUGCACCAGCAAGCUCAACCCACAGCUCAGGCCAACUUACCCUUCGAGGAGCCAUGGGCAAUAGGGGACCAGUGAGGAUUGGAGUCCUCAAACCCCAGUCACUCCUGGACCUUUUGGGCCACUCCUCUGCUAAGCAAGAUGCUGGACAGCGCAGAUGG